GCCGCUGCGCUUGAAUGAAUGAAUGCACGGUCACUCGAAUUGCUCGCAGACACGAUUAAGAUGCAUUGCGAAUAGUGUUGGUUUUUGUUGUUGUUGAAAGGAGUUCAAUUGAUGAAUGAAACCAUCCCGCAUUUCCUGCAUAUCCUCCAGAAAGUAGCUAGCAGGACGUCUGAACUUGAUUGAUAUUUCCGGUCUCAGCAUCUAGCUGUAUGAUGCACACUGUCAAAAUUGAACAAAUGAAGUUUUUUAGAAAAAGGCUAGAAAAGGCACGUCAGCACAUGACCAGAGAGGGAGAAGAGUGGGAGAAGAGUGGAUCUUGGAUGAUGGCCUUCGGUUUUGCUAAUCCUUGCCUGGAUCGUUUACACAAAUCUUGUCCAAUUUCUGCACACCAUUACUGUUAUCCCUGGUUUAUAGGUUAUACAGAGUACUAUACAUGUGGUAAGACAUAGACGAUAUGACGAUAGUUGAAUGUUGAUCUAGAAGCUUUAUGGACUCCAAUGGUGGACACUGCUCUCAAAACGCAUAAUUAGGAAAUACAUAAGAUAAUGUCAUAAUGUUGUCAUGACUUUCCAAAUUAUGUACACAACCAAAACACAUGAAUUUGCAGAGAUUGAUAUUUGUAUUGCUUCACAUGGAUUUUGAAUUUGAAAAGAGAGAAGAUGCAUUAAUUUCCCUCAAGUCUAACAUCUCGCUACCUAGAUCCAUUGUGUUGCGACUAAUAUGGCAAUAAUAAUCGUGGCAAGCGGUGUAGGACCUCCAUCGCAAUGAUCGCAACUUUCUUCUACGAGGCUCGUCACCAAGAUAAGAGUUGCCUUGUCCUCAAUGUUUGGCUGGCAUGGCAUGUUGUGGUUGUUGCGGUGGUUGAUGCGUUGGUGGUCGUUUAUGAUAGAGUCGAAGCCAUUGGUUUGUGCAAUGGAUGAUGAGCUUCUGUUUGGCCUCAGAGGACGUUCUUAGUGGUGUAUGUGUCCAGUUUUUGGACUCGUAGUUUUGGUGUUAGCCUGGUUUCUCUUUAAUUAACUGAGCAGCUCUCUUAAGCUUAACUAAUACAUCGAGACAAUUUACCUCCAGCUAAAAAAAACAGCUUGAGAACAAUCCACAAGAAUCGUGAUGAUCACGUUUCUCUGUUCCAAAAGGUUUUACAGGGGAAAAUGAUGUGGAUUGGAAUCCUGCAUAAUUUAUAUAAAAAUCAUACAAUCCAAAGGACCUUGAUAUCUAGAAAAAGAUCGUGCAACUUAAAACAGAGACAGGGACACAGGGGGCCACCCACACAACCAAUUUGUUUUUUCAAGGGAAAACUUUUAUUUGUGCUGUGUAGAAUACUCAAGAACAAUGACCAACAACAUUCUGGCACCACCCAUGUCCGCCUUUGCCAUGUUUCUUUUUUUGAACAGGAAAUCAUGAAUUACUUCACCUACAAGGCUACAAAGACGGUUCUCUAUCAGUUGUAUGAAAUGAACCCGCCAGCAUAUACUUGGCUUUAUAAUUACCUUGUCGUCAACGAUGCAAAAGAGGGAAUACAUUUUCUUCGAGCACUCACAAAGGAAAGGCAAGACCUGGCAGAGAGGGUCAUGAUCACACGCCUUCACUUAUACGGCAGAUGGAUCAAGAAAUGUGACCAUACAAAAAUGUACGAGAGGAUUUCCAACGAGAACCUGGCACUCAUGCGCGAAAGGCUAAUGGAAACCGUAGUGUGGCCAACUGACGACACGAACAACAGCGGCAAACAAGAUUGAGGGGGACACGAUUGGAACUCUUGUCUGAGUUGAGCAUAAACUGCUUCACUCAACAAUGCACUUCGAUGAAUCCAUGUUGUUUUUUUUCGUUUUGACUGUUACUCGUUUGUGUAUAUAACCCUGCAUGAAUAGAACAGUUGGUGUACAUUCUCUCGUAGGGGUUUGUGAUUUUAGUGUCCCUCGAUCCUUUUCUGUCCACUGGACUCGAGAAAAAUAUCAGAAGCUCAGAACACGUCUGGUCAAUUUGUUUGCCUUGUUUGACAGUGUCUGUUCUUCUGUGCUUGUAUUUGUAAGAUUCAGGUUUUCUGACCCUUA